UUUCAAUGUCAUUAACACCGGUCGCUAUUCGAGCUACAAGGACAGUUUUUCGGCGCCAAACAUGCCCAGCUUGCAAACUUCGACUUUUACCCCCUGGCCGAGGAUAUGCAGCCAGACCAAAACCGAAAUUCAGAAUCACUAGAGAUCAGCAGGAGGCCAUGAGUCCUGCAGAGCUUCGAUUGUAUGUUGAUGAGCGUCAACGAAAGGAGCAUUUCAUUCAGAUGGUUCAGAGCAAGGCCAUUGAUAUAAGUGCUCGUGUCUCCAAUCAAAUAAUAAAAGAUUUCCUUGAGGCCAGAGAGAACCAAGUCGAUUCAGCCACCAACGUACAAGAUCUUGCGGAAAAACACAGACUCAACGUUGCAGAUAUCAGCGCACUAGCUAUGACGCUUCUCUUGAUACCUAUCAUCAAAGACCCUUCAGGGCGUCUCCCUCCAGAACAAAAUCGACCAAUAGCUAAGGACCUCCUCGUGGCGUGCAGUGCUGCUAAAGAUACGUUUGCGACCCUACAAAUUCUCAGCGCAUCAUAUCUCAGUAAUGAGUAUGGUCUUUCUAAAGCCGAGGAACUCGCUCGAAUCUGUUCCGUGACCGAUUUCAUUCAGUGCAGGAUGACCCUGGACCAAUUAGCACAAGAGGGAGACGGGAAUUGUCUGGCUAUGCAAGGAUUGCUACUAGAAGAGCAAGGACGUAAAGGUGAAGCAAAGUAUUCCUACCGGAAAGCUCUGGAGGUGUUCAAUUUCACAAUUCACAAAAAUUGGCCUCAUCCCGGAGGCUUGCCCUGGAUACCCCCGUGGAGAUCCCUCGCCAACUUAUUGCUAUCCGAACCCGAUCCAACCGAAGAAGCACGCAAAGAGGCUCGAGCGGCCCUGGAGAAAGGUGCUACCAAAGGUGACGACCCGCUUGCGUACUGGCAACUCGCUUCUUUUGAAGUUGGCCCAACACCCUUCUGGCUGAGAUGCAUGAGCAAGGCCGCUGCAUCGGGUCAUAUUGAGGCGGCCUAUAAUCUUGGUCGCUAUUACCUCGAUGCCUCACAACAACCAGAUUUCAUCCCGCAAAACAAGGGCAUCAUGGCAAUGUUAAACUUCGCAACCACUUGGAAAGAUGAUAGUCUGGAGCGUCUCGCACGUGAGUGGUUAUCGAUAGCAGCUCAAGCUGGACACAAACCCGCCAUGUCAGAGCUUGCCGAGUUGCACGCUGAGGAUGGUGAUGAGGAGCUCGCAAGGGAGUAUCUGCAUCGUGUCAUGGAACCACCACCGGCAGGGAAGACGGAAGAGUGGCCACAGCUUGUCAUAAAUGCUAGGUCGAGAAUGGCAGACUUAAAGAAUCGUUCCCGCAAAUCGGCCGUAUAG